AUUUUUUUCUCACGAAGGGUGUUAGUGGGUUAGGUGUGUUUGACAGGGAAAGUACCAAAAGGCGUCGUACAGGGGCGAGUACGUCACUUGUGUAACUGCACAAAUGUAAACUGUAUGUGUGUUAGUGUGUGUAUAUGUGUUGGGCAUCGUUUCUUGUCGAGUUAGUCGUAGUCGUUAAAGUCUAGAUUUAGCCAGCUACGCCGGCUUAAUUCAACUUACGUUCGUGAAACCUCUAUUGUGCAUGGUAAAACAGCUUAUCGAUUCGUUCAUCGUCCAUAUCGCUCGACUGCCUGUCAUACGGCGUACACACACUGAAUUGCUGUCAAUACAGCAAAUGAAAUAGAAAGAACAAUCUGUGUUGUGUGUUUUUAAAGAUGGUAUCUUAUCGUUAUCAACGAUGAUGCGGUAGUUCGUGACUUGCCAUGAUUGCGUCAGUUAGGUGCCAUCAGGAUUCUACCGGCUGUGAGAAUCGAACGUGUUCUUUCAGCAUCGGCUCUUCGGCCUCCAUCUCCUAGACUCUGCAUUUAUAGAUUUCAUCGAUCUCUGGCUCUAUUGAUUUGCAAAUUGAGCUGAAGUCGCCGAAUCUCCCGUUUUUUCUACUUGAUAGCGUCGAUAGUCAGAUAAGGGACAAACGUCACCAUCUAUUGUGGUGCCAAGUGACUCAGGAAGUUGGCGACGACGUUGGCCAUGUUUCUACUUUACUAGCUCCUUUUCUCCUUUAAUGGUUUUGGAACCUGGCUACAUCAGAUGUAAAUAUCGACGCCAUGUUCUGCGGCUUUAUACGGACACAUUGCUACAAAGUAGCGAUUACGGCUUUGGCCGUAUUGGUGUUUUUUGAAUACGGUUUCGGAGUUUUCUAUGAAGAAAAUAGAAGAAUCAACGAGGCCUAUUUCACCUUCAAUUUGACGGCGCCUCGGUUGUCCGGUGCGGCAGGAACGUACAACGACACCGACUUCAACUACGCCGCCACGGCUAACAUGACAUUGAUCGCUCUUCAGAGUAGCAACAGCUCUGAUCCGUAUCAGCUUGAUUUGUUGGCCGACUCGCUCAAUUUCACGCGAAAGCCUUUAAUGUGUCCUCUAGUGUCGCCAUUACUCGUGGGGCGAAUGAACGUGUCCAAAGUCGCGAUGCCCAUGAAUACGUUUGAAGAAAAGUAUGGUCCAUUAUUAGGGCCUGGCGGAAGAUACCAUCCACCUAAUUGUCAGGCUCAUUACAAAGUCGCCAUCAUCAUCCCUUACCGUAAGCGGGAGGAACACCUUCAAGUAUUUAUUCAGCACAUGCACCCGUUCCUUCAACGACAGCAAAUUGACUACGGCAUUUUCGUCGUUGAACAAUCUGGUGAGACGCCGUUCAAUCGCGCAAUGUUGAUGAACAUUGGAGCUGCCGAGGCUUUACGCCAAGAUGGAUUCCAGUGUUUUGUCUUUCACGAUGUAGACCUCUUACCGGAAGAUGAUCGCAACACCUACUCUUGUCCGGAACAACCACGUCACAUGUCCGUCGCGAUUGACGUCUUCAAAUAUCGGUUACCUUACGAAGGCUUGUUUGGAGGAGUGAGCGCGAUGACGACCGAGCAUUUUAUUAAAGUAAACGGAUUCUCCAAUUUAUUUUGGGGCUGGGGUGGCGAGGACGACGACAUGUCGAGCCGGAUAAAAUAUCACAAAUUGAUCAUCUCGCGAUACCCACCCAGCACCGCACGUUAUACCAUGCUAUCGCACAAGAAAGCGCGGCCCAAUCCCAAUCGCUACAGAGUCAUGCGUAAUGGAGCGAAACGCUCGAAAGUCGACGGACUAAGCAACUUAAAGUACAAGCGCCUUGAUUUACAGAUGAAUCCGCUCUAUAUCCACAUUCUGGUGGAUAUUAAACCUUCGUAACAAACUCGAUGGAAAAAAUACUUAUAAAAAUGUCAUGACCCAAUCAGAAACAAUUUCACGUUUUUCUUUCAUAUUUUGAUUUCCCUGUCCUGCUGGAUUGGCAUUCCUGCGGCAACUGAAGCUGUCCUUUUUUGUGGCAAAGGAUAGUUAUCUUUUAGCUGUAAAAGUUGAUCCAAAGUGCUUUUCGCACAUCAUUAAAUUCCUCACGAUAAUCUUCAACUAGAUGAAACUUGUACAGUUUUGCCUACGCCACCGACACGUUAAAAAGAAAGUCUUUUUACAUACCAUGCUCGGAAAGUGUAUAGAAGAUGCCAGUUAUAGAUCUAGUCGUUCUCCAGUCUUAUUGUUUACCUUUUCCAACUUUUUCCCCCUCACCGGUUGAACCACUUGUCUUGUCUAUUGGUAAUGUGGUGUGAUGAAUAUCAUGUUGCUACUUAAAAUUAUACACUGAUUAACGAUG